AUGAAUCUCUUCCAUCUUGCCGUAGGCGCUCUCAUCGGCGCUGCAUGGCCCUUAUGGUCCCGAAUAAGAAACACCAUCUUCUUGCCCCAGGUUGACCUGGGCUACGAAAUCCACGAGGCCCUCUCCUACAACCACACAACCGGACACUUCACCUUCCGCAACAUCCGCUACGCCCAGGCGCCCAUCGGUGCCCUCCGGCAUGCACCCCCCGUCGCACCAGCCGGUACAAACCCCGAGGUACAGCGAGGCAACGAAAGCCGGAUCUGCCCGCAGGCCUCGCAGGACAUUCCCGGUACGACGGAGGACUGUCUUUUCCUGAACGUCAUCGUCCCUCGGAGCGUCUUCAACAGACGCGGAAAAUGCAAAGCGGACGUGACGCUGCAUUUUGUCAUGGCCAACGAUGUACCUGGUGCGAUCGUCGAUAAGGAGAGUCGUUUCCGCGAGGGACUCGGGGAGAACGUCUUUGUUAGUGCGAAUUACCGGCUGGGACGCCUGGCGCAGCUGGAGCCGUCGCUGGCUGGGGAGCUCGGCGGUGACUGUGCGGAUUUGGGGUGUUUAGAUCGGGGGCUGGCGGUGGAGUGGGUGAGGAAGUAUAUUCAUCUGUUUGGGGGGAAUGGGAAGAGGGUGUUUACGAUCGAGACUUCAUGGUCUUGA